AUGGAUACAUGAUGUAUCGGUUAAAAUGAGUUCCGGUUACUUUGAGAGAUCACCUUGAGCCUCUGCGUGUUAUAGAGGCAGCAACAUCAGUGCUAGCAGUUGUUCAGUAGCGAAGAUAAGGACUUCCUCAAAUUCUGCCAUCAUGCCUGGUACAAAAUCUGAAGACUUGGGCUCUGCCUUCGUCCAGACGCAGCAGCUGGGCGCUGCCAUGGCCGACACCUUUCUGGAGCACAUGUGUCUGCUGGACAUCGACUCGGAGCCCACCACCGCCCGCAACACCGGCAUCAUCUGUACCAUCGGGCCCGCUUCUCGCUCUGUGGACAUGCUGAAGGAGAUGAUCAAGUCCGGGAUGAACAUUGCUCGCAUGAACUUCUCUCAUGGAUCUCACGAGUACCACAAGGAGACUAUCAAGAAUGUCCGUGAGGCCUGUGAGAGCUUCGAACCUGGCAGCAUCCACUAUCGACCCAUUGCCAUUGCUCUGGACACCAAGGGACCUGAGAUCAGAACUGGACUCAUCAAGGGCAGCGGCACAUCUGAGGUGGAGCUGAAGAAGGGCAACAUGAUCAAGCUGACCCUGGACGAUGCCUACCAGGAGAACUGCGAUGAGGACACCCUGUGGCUGGACUACAAGAACAUCACCAAUGUGGUGGAGACUGGCAGCAAGAUCUACAUCGACGACGGCCUCAUCUCCCUCCAGGUCAAGGAGAUCGGUAAUGACUUCCUGAUGUGUGAGAUUGAGAACGGAGGGACACUGGGCAGUAAGAAGGGGGUGAACCUGCCCGGUGCUGCUGUAGACCUGCCUGCUGUGUCUCAGAAGGACAUCUCCGAUCUGCAGUUCGGCGUGGAGCAGGGAGUCGACAUGGUGUUCGCUUCCUUCAUCCGUAAAGCAGCCGACGUGCACGCUGUCAGGGAGGUGCUCGGGGAGAAGGGGAAGAACAUCAAGAUCAUCUCCAAGCUGGAGAAUCACGAGGGCGUACGCAGGUUUGAUGAGAUCAUGGAAGCCAGUGAUGGCAUCAUGGUGGCCCGUGGAGACCUGGGCAUUGAGAUCCCUACAGAGAAGGUUUUCCUGGCCCAGAAGAUGAUGAUUGGCCGCUGUAACAGAGCCGGCAAGCCAAUCACCUGCGCCACACAGAUGUUGGAAAGCAUGAUCAAGAAGCCCCGCCCCACCCGCGCUGAAGGCAGUGAUGUGGCCAAUGCCGUGCUGGAUGGAGCCGACUGCAUCAUGCUGAGUGGAGAGACUGCCAAGGGAGACUACCCCCUGGAGGCUGUCCGCACACAGCACAUGAUCGCCCGGGAAGCCGAGGCCGCCACCUUCCACAGGCAGCUGUUCGAGGAGCUGCGGCGCAGCAGCAAGCUGACUAGGGAUCCGUCCGAGGCCGUGGCGGUUGGCGCCGUGGAGGCCUCUUUCAAGUGCUGUGCUAGCGCCAUCAUCGUGUUGACCAAGAGCGGCAGGUCAGCCCACCUGAUCUCCCGGUACCGGCCCCGUGCCCCCAUCAUCGCUGUGACCCGUAGCGGCCAGACCGCCCGCCAGGCCCACCUGUACCGGGGCAUCUUCCCAGUCUUCUACAACAAGCCCGCCCACGAUGUCUGGGCCGAGGACGUCGACCUCAGGGUCAACUUUGCUAUGGAAAUGGGUAAGGAGCGAGGAUUCUUCAAGGAGGGAGACGCAGUGGUGGUCCUGACCGGCUGGCGUCCUGGUUCCGGUUACACCAACACCAUGCGUGUGGUCCUGGUUCCCUGAAUCCCCUGUCCUCCCUUCUGGACCACCCCCACACAUCCAUCCCUCUACUCUGACAGACUUGCCCGUCCCACAAGUCUUCCUUCCCAAGGGCUGGUCAGCGGCGAUGACUUGUCCAAUAGUUCUGUCCUCCCCUGUAUCCCAUUCUUCAGGACAUCUGUAUUUGCUCACCACCAGAAGUUGCUGUAUGUAUUCAAAUGACCCAUGAACAAGGCCGGGCAUACUUGAGAGGCCGCUGUACUGUAAUGGUUAAACUAGUUUACACCACACUCCUAUAAUAAAACACACAUGCCUAUAAUGCGAACAAAAUGGUAGUGUCUUUGUUUAAAGGAAACGGCUCAUCUUUAAAGUCCUGUCAGUUCUAGCUGAGCCCCUUGUAGUUUUUCUGUGCACAUUGUGUUCUGUAUACCUGCUUUGCACUCAGUCUACUGUAGACAAUGUUACGUUCUCUAUUUAUAUUUGUGAGUUUUAGUUGUGGACAUCCAACACUACUUAUUUUGUCUAACCAUAGAGAUGCUGUGUUGGAUGUUCAAGUUGCAGUUUUUUUGGAUUAGUUACUUUUGUGUGGUGUAAAGUGUUUAGAAAGUUGUACAUGUAUUAGCUUAACUAAGUUGGCACUUAAGAACCACUGUCAGCUAAUACAUGGUUCUGAAUUAUGAAUGCAGCACAGGGUUGUUCUAGGGGGACUGGAGGGGAGGACAAAGGGGUGUGGCGGACCUCCUUCUCGAACCCAUUGGAUGAGGUGGAGCCCUUUUGUUUUACUUCCUUCAUUCUAAUGCUUUUGUUCCAGUCUGUGGGUGACCUUGUGUGUAACUGUUCAACAGCUUCUUUGAUCUGAGAGUGGAAGGUCUAACAAUGUGUUCUGGGUGAAUUUUCCUUCCUGACUGGAUUUCAAUCAUUAAAAGAGAUGAACAUCUUU